AUGCCUGUUGAAUUUAUUAGUCUGACGUUUCCGAACGCCUCCACUGAGAUCAAGCCAAUUCCCAAUGCCACGAUCGACCCAGAAUAUCUGGAGCGCUACGCGCGAAACCUAGAUGACUAUGGAUUCAACUACACAUUGGUGCCUUACGAUUCAUCCUACUUCGACCCGUGGACGAUAGGCGCCACCAUUGCUUCCAAGACAAAGAAUAUCAAGAUUAUCAUUGCUCUCCGGCCAAACACAUUGUAUCCCACGGUGGCAGCCAAGGCCCUCGCGACACUGGACCAACUCAGUUCCGGCCGUGUGGUCGUCCACUUCAUUGCCGGAGGCAGCGAUGCUGAACAAGCAAAGGAAGGCGACUUCCUGACCAAGGAGCAACGUUAUGCCCGCCUGGAGGAAUAUAUCCGAAUUCUCCGCCGGGCGUGGGAAUCGCCAGAUCCAUUUGACUGGGAUGGAGAAUACUACAAAUUCAAGCAGUUUUCUAACAAAGUCCGUCCUACAAAGGAGACUAUUCCUGUCUCCGUCGGCGGAUCUUCCGACGACGCAUAUCGGAUCGGAGGUGCACUAGCCGAUAUCUUUGGCCUUUGGGGGGAACCCUUGAAAGAAACCAAGGAGCAGAUUGAGAAAAUCUAUGCCGCAGCCGAAAAGGCUGGUCGGUCCGAUCGGCCGCGUAUCUGGGUGACCUUCCGACCGAUCGUCGCGGAGACCGAAGAACUGGCCUGGGCGAAGGCGCACCGCACCCUGGAUGCGCUUCAGGCAAACCGACCGGGUGGCCAGGGGAACGCGCCUGCUCAGCCACAGAACGUUGGGUCCCAGCGGCUGCUGGAUAUCGCAGCUCGUGGGGAGGUGCAGGAUCGCGCGCUGUGGUAUCCGACCGUUGUAGCCACGAACGCCCGCGGUGCGUCCACUGCGCUGGUUGGAUCUCACCAGACGAUUGUGGACUCGAUCUUGGACUAUGUUGACUUGGGUGCGGAGCUGAUUUCUAUCCGUGGGUAUGAUAACCUCAACGACGCGAUCGACUAUGGGCGGUAUAUUCUGCCACCAGUCCGUCAAGCGCUGGAGGAGCGUGGAGCCAAAUCUGCGGCUUAG